UAUUGGGUUUCUACAAUUCUUGGAAUUAUUGUAACCGCGACAACGAAAUAAAACAUGGAAGAAGAUAGAAUAUCAACUAAUUUUUAUUGCGAGUUAGGCGUUUGCAGAACAUAUGUUGAAAUUUUCUUUGUUUAGGUGCUAUUUAUUUUAUAAGUACUAUAAUUACGUUAAUAUUAUCAGAAAUUGUUUCGAAGUUUCAUUCUUUGUCGGUGUUUUUUCUAACACGUUCCUAGAAAUGAGAUCUUGGAUUGCCGCAAUUAUUUCAAUAGAAAGAAUGAUGGCCACAAAAAAGUGAUUCGAUUACUUUUUAUCAUUACCGAUAAAGGCUCUCCAACAUUCCAAAAUUUGCAUUUAUUUUAUUUAAUGGUGUUCUGAGUAACGUUGUUAUGUUUGGGUUUUGUGAAUUGCGACUACCUCUAGAAACAGAUUGCACAAGCUUUAAUUGUGCCGCCAUCCCUCCAUGCAUAGUUUCAAGCAAUCUCGAGAAUUAUUUUUUGCACAACUACAGUAUGCUUCACUGCAAUAUUAUGCUCCAGUCUGUGUUGGUUAUCAAUUAAUAAAAGAACAGUUACUCUAGCCCUUCGUAAAGCCAACUUUAUGUCACUGACUGAUGGAUUAUCAACACUCUUGUUUGAUUUGAUUCCAUCUUUAAUUUUUAAUUCUGGACCCAUUGAAAUUGAAAACCGUGGUCCGGUAAUGGGUGCAAAUCGUCAAACUGGAAGAUUGGUGGAAGCGAUUGUAAUGGUGAAGCUGAUGAAAACGACGAAGUCCGUACAGACGACAAUUUUCUCAAAUAUUAUUCGAGUCAACGUGAAUUGGU